UGUUUGGAAUGCUGUAUCCUGCAUAUUAUUCAUACAAAGCUGUGAAAUCAAAAAAUGUGAAGGAAUAUGUUCGAUGGAUGAUGUACUGGAUUGUUUUUGCUCUCUACACUGUGAUUGAAACAGUAGCAGAUCAGACAGUUGCUUGGUUCCCCCUGUACUAUGAACUUAAGAUUGCUUUUGUCAUAUGGCUGCUCUCUCCCUAUACCAAAGGAGCAAGUUUAAUAUAUAGAAAAUUCCUUCAUCCACUUCUUUCUUCAAAGGAAAGGGAGAUUGAUGAUUAUAUUGUACAAGCAAAAGAACGAGGCUAUGAGACGAUGGUAAACUUUGGACGACAAGGUUUAAACUUGGCAGCUACUGCCGCAGUUACUGCAGCAGUGAAGAGCCAAGGAGCGAUCACGGAGCGACUGCGGAGUUUCAGCAUGCACGACCUGACAGCCAUCCCCGGGGAGGAGCACGUGAGGCAGAGACCAUUCCAGCCUCCACCAGAGACAAAAAAGAAAAGUAAAGCCGCCUCCAGUUAUGGAAUUCCGCUGAAAGACGGAGAUGAGAAAACAGAUGAAGAAGCGGAUGGGCCGUUUUCAGAUGAUGAGAUGUUAACACACAAAGGGCUUCGAAGAUCGCAAAGCAUGAAAUCUGUGAAAACCAUGAAAGUCCGCAAAGAGGUGCGGUAUGGGUCACUAAAAUACAAAGUGAAGAAGAGACCGCAGGUGUAUUUUUAAUCAUGUGCGCUUCACGUAUCCCAAGACAAAUUAUGCUAAUGUAUCAACUUUUUUUCCUAACAUUAUGUUCAGGAUUUACAUAUUAAAGUAAUCCUUUAGAUUGUGGCGGUGGUAGGGUUUACUUUUGUUAAUUUAAAUAAUUUUUAUUUCUUUAACAAUUACUUUUAAAUCUUGACUACUAAAGGUAGUUAUGCAAUACAUAUAUAUAUCAGAAAGAAUAGAAAAUUGUGUUAAUCUGUUUUCAAAUUCAUCAACAACAUCAAGUGCCUGGGAUUUAAGAGGACACACAAACCCAGUAUACUUGAAAAAAGUCGUCUUAUGGUUCAAGAUCCAUCGGCCUUUGUGGUAUUGUAUUGUUUACCUCCAUUUAUGUUAUAGCUAUCACAUGAGGAUAGUCAUUAAAUAGGCCUCUGAUCCAGCAGUGAUAGCACAAGGGCAUGAUGUGAGAUAAAGUAUGUUUUACAUAUUCUUUAAAAUUUUUACUUUUUUUAAACACUUUAUAGUUUUUCCACCAUCAACUGAAAGUUUUCAAAACAAAUAUUUGAAAACCAGGUAUCCACAUAGCACUUUUAUUCCUGACUAGUUUUGCACACUUGAAAAUUGUUUACUUUUUUUAUGACUGUACAUUUUAAGUUUUACUGACACUAUCUUUAUUAUUUGUUGGAUUCUGAUAUGUCAAAUUUAUGCCUUAAAUGAUGUCAUCUUUUUUCCUGUGGGUUUCAUUUGUUAAAUUUGCUUGAUUUUAUUAGUAGAAAAAUAUAACUAAUUGUUCUUAUCUCAUUUAAAGAUAAGAAAUUAUCUUAAUUAUUAGUUUUCUGUAUUUAGCUGUACAUUGUAGUUGAACUCAGCAUGUUUUUUAUUAACACUGGUUACAUUCUCAGAUUUUAAAAGUAGUAGCUUUUAUGAAAUAGAGUCAGAGACCAGUAUAGCACUUAGGUUUCUUCUAACUAAUGAAAAUAUCUAGCCAAUCCAUUCACAAGCUUGGCACUUAUAUGUGCUUCUGAUGAAUAAAUCUGGCAUUAACUAAAAUCACUUGAAUCACUUCUUUUCUGGCUGAUAUAAUUUCCUGAAGAUAGUUGCCAAUGCAAAAUACAGAUGUCAUUAAUCUCAUGUAUUAGAAGCUAUUAGAAUAGAUAUUAGAAAAUAUCAUUUUUUUAAUCCAAGCUAUUUUUGAGUUACUGGACUGUAAGGCAUUUUUAGCCUGCAUUCAUAGCUAUGCAUUAUGAACUCCAAGUCAGUAUAUUUCUGGUGAUGGUUUUAGUGAUCAGUAAUGAAAUUUGUACAAUUAUACUUGUUCAGGUAAUUUACUUGAGGAUUCUACUUGUUUGUCCAAAAGAAAAAAAGAGAUUUGUAAGAUCUUUGACUUUUCUACCUUUUAAGAAAUGAAGCCAGCUGACAGUGUAUAUUCCGGACCUCCUCAGAGUGUUGGCAGAGAACAGAAUGGUUACUCAGGAGUACCUUAGUAUAAUUCAGACACUUCUCUUGAUACAAGUCUUAAAAUAUUUUCUAGCCCAAUGGUGUGGCUCAGUGGUUGAGCAUUGACCCAUGAACCAGAAGGUCACGGUUAGAUUCCCCACAGGGCACAAAUCAGGGUUUCGGGCUUGAUCUCAGUAGAGGGCAUGUAGGAGACAGCCAAUCCAUGAUUCUCUGUCAUCAUUGAUGUUUCUAUCUCUCUCCCUCUCCCUUCCUCUCUCUGAAAUCAAUAAAAACAUUUUUUAAAAUAUAUAUUAAAAUAUGUAUUUUUUCUAGAUUAUCUCACAUUCUUGAUACAUAACACCAAGUAAAAAUUCAUUCAACGUCUUUUCUCCUAAAGUUUAUUUCUAUGAGUAUUUUCAUCUACUUUACCUUGACUAAUUUUUAGCCUCUUAGUUUCUGGAAAAACUUUAAUUUGUAUUCAAAAUUCCUAUGAAUUCUGAUGAAAACUCUUGAAAAGAGAGUGUAUUUAUAUUGCAUAGUCCUAGACUUAUCAGUAUAAAUGCUACACCUUGCUUUCCUGUGCAAAGGUAGUGUCAUCUCAAAGUACCUGACAAGGUCAUGUAAAGGACAGUGUAUCAAAAACAUUAUCUAUUGGGGCUGAUUUGUACCACUUUAUCAUUUUCAAAUAUAAUUUCAUUAUUAUACCUAUUCUUUAGUCAUGGUAAACUCGUACUUUUCUAAACUGGAGGAAUUAUGUAUCCCUCUCCACUUCUAGAAUCAACACGUUUAAUCAAAGACAACACCAGUUUCAUAGAGGUAAUUAAAUCCUUCUGUUUAAUUGUGUCUCUUCACACUUACAAUGCUUCCUCUGAUGUAUUUCUACUGUACUGGUUACAUCCUUAUAUACAGUGAUGUAAUUUUGCUUUCCUGUCAUUUCCUUCCUCUCCUUUUCUUAAAUGUUGCUUCUUUUCAACUUUUUUUUUUUUUAAGAGAGUAGGAAGGAGGGAGGAGGAGAGAGGGAACGAAAUAUCAAUUUGAGAGAGACACAUGGAUUGGUUGUCUCCCGCACACAAAGGAACAAACCUACAACCCAGGUACAUGCCCUUGAUCGGGAAUCAAACCCUGCACCUUUCUGUGCUUGGGCCAACACUCUACCGCUGAGCCACACCGGCCAGGGCGCUUUUCUCUUAUGUGUUUUAGCAUGCCCUUUCCUUUGAACCUUGUAUAAUAGGCUUAUACAUUUUAGUUUCUUUUAAGGUUGAGCAGGACAGUUUUGUUUCUCUGCUUAUAAGUCUACUGCUUUUAGAAGAGGUAAAUUUAUCCCUAGACCACAGUGCCUUGUUUUCCCACCACUACCACUUGGUGUGAAUGGGCAUCACAUGCUGCACAAGCCUAUUUAGGGCACUAUUUUGGUAGCUGUUAAAGUUUAUCCAGAAAUUGUAGCCAUUUUAACAUAUAUGCAUUCAACUUGUUCAUUAAUAUUAACUAUUUCCAGAGUUUGCUUAGAUGUAAGAAUUGAUUUGUUCUUUAGUUUAUUCUAUUUUUCUGGUAUAAAAAAUGAGCCAGAAAUAAGCCUACUUGCUAAGUAAUUAAUUAUAUAAACCCGCCUACGACCUGCAUAAGAUUUCCUCCACACACUUCACUAUAUGUAUGUGGAUUUGGCUAGAAAAUGAUACUGCCGGCAUUACUAAUUAUGAAUACUUGACUACACAGAUUGAUGGAACAAAAUUAUUAAAGUGUUUUCAGGGAACUUAAUCCAUAUGUCACCACCAAAGAUUUCUACAGUGUUAUAAAGAUGUAAAUAUUCUAAAUUUCUGUAAGACAGUGGUUAAACAAAUAUAUUUUCCUUCCUUUUAUUUUUUUUCCUUUUGAAAUAACAGUUUAUGCUUCCGGAAUGCUUGAACUGUUGUGUUAUUCAAAAUAAUACAAUACUUUCUUAUCUUUAAUAUCAAUAAUCUGUGUGUUUAAUUGUAAUAGACUAAAUUUUGAUUUUGAUUUUAUCAGGAAAAUUAAGGAGUUAAUAUGUAUUAGAAAGCAAUUUCCUGUUUUCUCUUAUAUGGGCUGAUUGACUUGCAAGCUAAGUAAUUAAUUAAUUAGUAAUUAAUAAGUAAUUAGUAUUUCACUACUAUUAAUGUAAGCUAGUAGUUAAAUCUGGGAAGAUCAUUGUCAGUAUAAUACACAGUGUACAUUUUUAAAUAAACAUAAUUUAAGAGUAAAGUUUUCUGAAAGGGAAAGACAUUUUUUUCUCUGUUUUUUAAAACAUAACCUUCUAAGGUAUCCUACAGAUUUAAUGUGUAAGAAUUCUUUAAAUGUUUACCAUGAAUUAACAUUUUUUUUCUUCUAAAACCUUUUAAAUCUAUGUACUUUAAUAGUUAAGAGAAAGUAGUUUUGUAAACUCUUUGUAAAGGCUACCUUUUAGACCUAAUAUAGGGGUAAUUUUACAAAUGUGGUUUUUGAAAACUGUAAUAUAAAAUAAACUUGUUUUAUUAGUGAC